AGUAGGCACUUGGUACUUAAUUAAAUUUCAACACGGCCUUCCAUCCUCAAACUGAUGGACAAUUUGAGAAAACUAUUCAUAUACUUGAGGACAUGUUGAGGGCUUGCGUUCUAGAUUGGAAGGGUUCAUGGGAUCAGCACUUAUCCAUGGCUAAAUUUACCUAUAAUAAUAGUUACCAAUCCGGCACCUGUAUGGCACCGUUUGAGGCUUUGUAUGGUCGAAGGUGUAGAUCACCUGUUUGCUAUGCAGAGAGCAAGCAGAAAAGCUAUGCGGAUAAAAGGAGACAAGACCUUGAGUUUGAAGUCGGUGACCAUGUAUUUUUGAAGGUGUCACCCACUCGAGGUGUCCUCAAGUUUGGCACCCGGGGAAAAUUGAGUUCAAGGUAUAUUGGAUCAUAUCCUAUCUUGGAAAGGGUUGGCGAGUAUAUUCUCGACCCGAGCCACAUCAUUGAUCCUGAACCCAUUCAGCUUCGAGAAGAUCUCACUUAUGACGAGCACCCGAUCUGUAUUUUAGAUUUCAAGAAGAGGGUAAUGCGGAGAAGGACUAUUCAUUUUGUUAAGGUCUUUUGGGAUAACCAUUCAAUUGAAAAAGCUACUUAGGAGUUGGAAUCCAAGAUGAGGCAAGAACAUCCGCACCUCUUCCAAGAUUGAGGUAUGAGUUUAAGGGACUAAACUCCUUUUUAGGAUGGGUGGAUGUAAUAGCCCAAAAAUUUCUAGAACAAUUAAGUGUGAGCUAGGGACCUAAUUGUGAGAAAAUAAUAUUGUUGAGCUUAAUUAUAAAAUUUUCAAAUUUGA